UACUUCUGGUUUACAGAAAGGCGGAUCCCUCACUGCUACUUACCUUUCACAACUUCUUUGAACCCUCCUUUUUUAUUUGUUCUUUCUCGGCAGCUUCCAGUUACGGUCCACUCCUAACUUCAUCCCUUUCUCAAAUCUUUUUUUUAAUCGACGUUUAAUCGAGUUGUACCGACCGUCCUUGCCGAGCCCCCCUCCUCUGCUCACACACAGCUUAGCUAACUUUUAUCGCUCUCCAGCAUUCAAGUUGACAACUUGCCCUGCAAAACUGCGGUGUGAAUUGUACUUUUGAAAAUCCAGGAAGAAUGGGAGAUAAAGAAUUGAUGUGGGCAUUGAAGACCGGAGACAUGGACGAAGUCAAAGCUAAAGUGGUUACGGCCGAGGAUGCCAACCGGACCCUGGAUGGUGGGAGGAAGCCUCUGCACUAUGCUGCAGACUUCGGUCAGAAGGAUGUGGUAGAGUUCCUCAUUUCUAUAGGAGCAGAUGUCAAUGCUCCAGACAAACAUGGGCUCACUCCACUGAUCUCUGCCUGUUUCGAGGGUCACCUCUCCUGUGUCAAGGUCCUGCUAGAAAAGGGAGCUGACAAAGACGGAAAAGGACCAGACGGCAUCAGUGCCUUUGAAGCUGCCGAGAGCGAUGCCAUAAAGGCUCUGCUGAAGUGAAACCACCACAGUGUGGGAGGUGGCUGGACAGGUGGGUGAACGGACGGACAGACAGACGGAUGCAGUGGUCCCCUGACAGAAGAUGGACUCGCCCCUUUACCCUGAUCAACCUCCGUCUUAACACUGCUUUUGUCUGUUUGUUGUGAAGGGUCAUUUUAUCUGUCUAGUGAUUUUCCUUUCCCGUUUGUUUUUUGUUUGUUUUUGUUUUUUUUCCCCCACCCCCAGGUUUUUGGGAUAGGAUUCUUUCUUUUUUUUUCUUUUUUUUUGGCCUCUCUUUGUAGCCACUUGACGUAAGGACUUGGUAAUUAUUACUCCCUUAGGGACCAAACACUGGGGGAACACUCUCACACCUGGACCCUAAAACACUGCUCAGACUAGAAACUCCGAUUCUGUAACGUAAACGCGAAGCUUAGCACUUAAAUACACAUCUCUCAUUUUGCAGUCGUCUCUUAAACCUGAAAUGAAAUGAUGAUAAAUCAAUAGCGUGUUAAUAUUUUUUACGAUUUCAAUAUAAGUAUUGUAAGGCCAGGGCUUUAAUCUCAUCAUGAACAGAAUUGCACUGUACUAUACUAGAUAGAGUGAAAAGAACGGUUGUAAAGUUUCAUUAUAUUAACCUUUCAUUAUGUGUGGCCUCUUCCUCUACCUUGAGUUUUUUUAAUAGACUAAACUGUCCCUCCAAUCCAAUCUUUGAAACUUUGAAACUAAUGUUGGAUGAGAAAGGUGGAGAGGUCAGAUUUUCCUUUUCUACUUAGCCCUGUAUCGCUUACAUAUCAAAUGGCGUUUUGGACAAAUUUUACGUCAGUGAUGCAUAAAAAAGAUUUUCCCAAUCUCCAUGCUGGCUAACUCGAAAGACUUGAAUGUUGUGAUUUUGAAAUCUGUUACUGAAACCCUUUGAAGCAAUGAUAACAGCACAUAAUAGAAUAUGGAAUUUUAGAAAUUUGUUCAUUUUGUCACCCUAAGAGUGAGAUUUCAGACUGAAAAAUUUCAGACCUUUUUGUUGCAGCCUCUCUGUUUAUUUGGCAAAUGGUUUACUCCGAGUUCUCUGAAUGAUGAGUAAAUGGGGGGUUUGAGUUGAAACCGGAGGGUGGGGGCUGUUGGUGUUCGCCUUGCCUUGGAUUUGGUUAGAAGCCCUGCCUGUUUCGCUGCAUGUCAAAACUGCCUCUGCUUUUACGCUAUGAUAUGGUCGCUGUCCUCUUUUGGUUGCUUUCAAAUGACUUACUUGUAAUGGAAAAAAAGAUGCUCUUGCUGACUUUGUUGUGACAAAAAGUCUGUAAAAACAGAAAUAAAAAAUAUCUAGAAAAA